AUCCACGGCAAUCAGCAGCGCAGGACAAAAGUUUGGAGCAGCGCUAUGUAGAAGAACACCCAGCGCAGAGUCUUUUUUUGUUUGCGACCAGGCUGCGUCCCUUUCAAUUUCACUGUGUCUAUAAAAGUGAGACGGGCUGCACUAAAGAGUGGGGGGGAGAUCAACACAAGGAGACCCAACGGAGGCGCUUGAGCCAGGAAAGAAGUGCUGUGAGGAAGAAACACCGUGUCUCAAACUCUCACACACGCACAAACAACAAAGCCGCGCCCGGAUCCCAGCCUACACAGCACAGCGCUACACCUGAUUUCCUGCUCUAGCAUGGCCAGUUCGAGUAAAGCCACUUUAAUCUUGCUCAUCUACGGAAUCUUAAUGCACUACAGCGUCUUCUGCACACCUAUAGGACUAAGUUACCCAAAGAUCAGACUUGAAAACGAUGCGUUUGAUGAGGAUGGCAACUCUCUGUCCGACAUGGGCUUUGACAGCGACCAGCUUGCUAUACGAAGCCCCCCRUCUCUAAACGACGAUGCGUACAGCCUGUACUACCCACCAGAAAAAAGACCAGAAAGGCAUGCUGAGGAAGAAUUAGAUAGAGCCUUGAGGGAGAUCCUGGGUCAGUUAACAGCGAGACAUUAUCUGCAUUCUCUGAUGACUGUUCGUGCAGGGUAAGGGCAUUUCUCUUCAGCGUUUUUUUAUUUUAAAUUUUUUUUUUUAUGUUUCUGCGCUACACAACUUCAGGCUGCUUGCGUCACUCAUUUUAUGUGCGUGAUUUUUAUUUAUUUGUUUAUUAUUAUUUUUUUGUGUUGCCUGUCCAUAAAACCCUCUAGAGGUCUUCAUUAUGCAUAUAGUGUUUCUGAUUUGUAAAACGAAAGUAAUAAAAAACAGGAGUCUUAUUCUAAAAUCAAUGCAAGUGAGGCGUGAUUGCACCAUUCAUUUCUGAAUUAACUGUUCUAAGCCUAUAAGCGCUAAUGAAAAAUCAUGCGUCAGAAUAUCCAUUGGGAUUCAAAUGAAUUAUUGAUACGCUUCUUUAAAUGCGCAAUUCGGUAUUAUUAUAUUUUCCACAUAUAAAAAAAAAA